CGCAUCCAUCGAUAGUGUUUGUUGGAAAGUGCGCGGCUGCUUGCAGUUUCAUACAAAUUAGUCACUUUAGCCGGCACCAUGGAUUAUACACGUGAGAUUUUGACUUUCCAGUUCGGCACCUAUGCCAAUUAUGUGGGUGCACACUUCUGGAACCAGCAGGAGGCACACUUUGUGUACGAUGGCGCCAGUAAACAGAUGGCCGAGGAGCAGCGGCCGCAAAACGAUGUACUGUAUAGGGAAGGCCUUAACGACUACGGCCAGACGACCUAUACGCCUCGUCUGCUCUCCGUCGAUCUGGCCGGCAACUUGGCCCAUCUGCCCAUGGGCGGCGAGCUCUACGGCAACUUUGUGCAGCGCAACGAGGAGCUGCUGCCCCUCACCACGGGCAGUGAUCUGCAGAAGCUCAAGCAGAGUGCGGAGGCGAACAACCUCUCCACCGUCGAUCAGUUGGAGGUGCGCGCCCAGCCGCCAGCUCCCAUCUCCGAGUACCAGCGGGAUUUGCUCCAGGGCGCCAUAGCACCCGACAAGAACUACCAACUGGCGGACACAACGCGCAGCUGGGCGGACUAUCUGUACGCUAGAUAUCAUCCGCGCACGCUCAACGUGCUGCCGGACUUGAUACGCGACAGCGAGGUCCAGGCCUUGGCCACACAAGCGGCUGGCAAGGAGAUCUGGGAUGGGGAGGCCUUCAACGAGGACUUCUGCAAUCGCAUUCGCCAGUACGCCGAGGAGUGUGAGGGCCUGCAGGGCUUUCACAUGCUCUUCGACAUAGAUGACGGCUUCAGUGGGCUGGCCAGCAAGUGCAUGGAGCACUUGAACGAUGAGUACGGACGCGUGAGUUACGUUUUGCCGCUGCACUAUCCACGGAUUCCUUCGUACAAUCAAGCAGAUCCUCGCACGGCGCACAGCAUACGCGUGGUGAACAGCGUCAUGAGCUACUAUCAUCUGAGCGAGCAGGCCACGAUGUUCACGCCGCUGUCCACGCUGGAGACCAUUUGGCGGAACAACACGCUGCAGUCGCGUCGCCUGCCAGGCGUCGCAUGGCGCGAGGGCAAUCUCUAUCAGACUUCGGCUGUGCUCGCCGCCUUCGUGGACACGAUGACGCUCAGCUACCGUCUGCCGCAGACGCCACAGUCGCUGGUGCGCUUCUGUGACAGCGUUUGCCCGGUUGGCCGCAAGUUGACAGCAGCUGCCAUGGCUCUGCCCUUUGGCUUGCAGCAGGAGCAGGACCUCAUCGACUUCCUGGACCAGAGCGGCGACCAUUCCCUGUUGACACAGCUAACGCCGGGCUGCGAGGCGGGCAACUCCUACGUGAUGCAGUCGCUGAUGGCGCGCGGCAUUCCCACCAGCCGAUUGAAGCGUCCCCAGGAGCAGGCCGGCCCACAGCUGCGCAUGGCUGCCUACAGCUGCAACAGCGUCUCCCAGAUGCUGCAGCUGUACUACCAGUGCAGCUUCCAUGGCAGCGUCACCCAUGCUGCCUCCACGCCACUGCCCCUGCGCACCAGGCUGCCAUUCCCCUACGAGCUCUUCGAGGCGAACAUCGCAACGGACGGCUGCCAGGUGGCCGGCGGUGGGGAGCGCGAGCCGCACAGCCGCGUGGAGUCCGCGCCCGUGCUGGCCGCCCUGCAGAACUCCACCAAACUGGGCGAACAUCUCGACAAUCUCCAUGCCCAGACCCAUCGUGUGCAGAUCGGCAAGCUGCAGUCCUACUCCCAGUCGGCCGUCGAUCGCGAGGAGUACGAAACGGCCCUGGACAAGCUGCUCGAGUUUCGCGACAACUACGCCGAUUCCCAGCACCUCUAAAGCGGGAAUGUCUCUCUCUCUCUCUCUCAUACGAUUGUGAUAAGCAUAGACUAGAACAAAAACACACAAUAAAAACUCAUUAACAUGGAA